UGGUCAACCUUCUCAAACCAAUGAUCAAAAUGUGAAGAAGGAAAAAAGUGAUAAGGAAUAUGAAGCACUUAUAGGUUUAUUGAUGAAAAUCAGUAUGUAUUUUAGUGAGGAAAAAAAUGAAUAUUCUGCUAGUGAUAGACCAAAAGAUACUUCUAUCAGCAUUAUUGUAUGUUCUCUUAAGGAUAGUUAG